CUGGGAAGACGAGGGUCCGCGCCGGAGGACGCCGGGGACGGCAUCUCGCCCCCUUAAUUCUGGAGAGGCGCGCAGAGCCGGCCCUUGGGGCCCGUUUUCUCUCCCUUGCACUUCGCUGCCCUGCCCUGGUCAAGCGCGUUCUCCCUUCUCGUGCGAGAAGCACCUGGAAGAGCUGGUGGGACACAUUCCCGGGCGGCGGGGGGCUCUUGGCGGGACUCCCGGUUUGAAUCAGGAUGAACAGGUGCGCAAUUCUCUUGCUGUGGAUGCAGCUGGACUGGGGUGCGUCGCUCAGUCCCAACGACCCCAAUGUCUGCAGCUAUUGGGAGAGUUUUACAACACCUUCCAAAGAGUCGUAUAUACAGCCGAUUGCCCAGGUCUUCGUGGAACCCUGCGAGGGGACGUGGCCCUUUGCCAAGAUCUGCACUCAGCACCGGAUCCUCUACAAAGCUGCCUAUCGCCAAGGCGUGAAGGUUGAGUACCGGAGAAGGCACCGCUGCUGCCGAGGCUAUUACGAGAGCGCCGACGUCUGUGUCCCUCGCUGUACCCAGGAGUGCGUGCACGGGAGGUGUGUGGCCCCAGACCAGUGCCAAUGUGAGCAAGGGUGGAGAGGUGCAGAUUGCUCCAGCGAGUGUAAUAACCUCUUUUGGGGGCCUGAUUGCAAGAACUCCUGUGCAUGUGUGAAUGGAGGCACUUGUGACCCUGUGACUGGAGCCUGCAUUUGCCCACCAGGGUACAGGGACCCUCUGUGCCAAGAAGCCUGUGCCCCCGGAACAUACGGCCAAGCCUGCUCGCUAGGCUGCCACUGUGAGAAUUCUGCAUCCUGCGACCGGAUUACAGGGGCCUGCCUGUGCCCCCUGGGAUUCACUGGGCCGCAUUGUGAAGUUCCUUGCCUCAAUGACACUGGUGGAUUUCAGUGCCCAGCUCACUGCCUUUGCCAGAAUGGGGGCAUCUGCCACCCCCCAAACUCCAGCAGCUGUGCCUGCCCUCCUGGAUGGAUGGGUGCCAUCUGCUCCAUCCCAUGCCCUGCAAGGCACUUUGGCUCUAGCUGCCAAGGGGAGUGCCACUGCCACAAUGGGGGCCGAUGUGACCCCGUCAGCGGGCAGUGCCAGUGCGCACCAGGCUACAUUGGAGAACGAUGCCGCGAGGAGUGUCCCAUUGGCAAGUACGGGCAGGAUUGCAGCCAGACCUGUGACUGCACUAAUGGCGGCCACUGCUUCCACAUCAACGGCGCCUGUCUGUGUGAAGCCGGUUACUACGGCAGCCGCUGCGAGGAGCGCAAGUGCUUGGCAGGCCUCUAUGGCCUUGCUUGCAAUUUGCCGUGCCUCUGUGAUCCUCAGCACACACAGAGCUGCCACCCGCUAACGGGAGAAUGCACCUGCAAACCAGGCUGGGCCGGGCUUUCGUGCAACGAGACCUGCCCCCACGGAUAUCACGGAGUCAGUUGCCGGGAUCCCUGUUUGUGUCUGAAUGGGGGGACAUGUGACAGCGAGACUGGGCUGUGCGUUUGUGCAGCAGGCUACGUGGGUGACCACUGCUCCAGCCAGUGCCCGACCCAUACUUAUGGUGCGAACUGUUCCAUGCGAUGCACCUGCCAGAAACAUGCCUUUGCCUGCUCCCCCAUCGAUGGGACCUGUGUCUGCAAAGAAGGGUGGCAUGGAGUGGACUGUUCUGUCCCCUGCCCCACGGGCACCUGGGGCGCUGGGUGCAAUGGGACCUGCCGGUGUGCCAACGGUGCUGCCUGCAGCCCUGUCAGUGGGGUGUGCUCAUGCGCCUCAGGAUGGCAUGGCAGCCGGUGUGAGGAACCGUGCCCGAAUUGGUUCUAUGGCGUCGGUUGUAGCAGAAAGUGCACCUGCCCAAAUGCAGACAGCUGUGAUCCUGUGACAGGGCAGUGCCGUUGCCUACCUGGAUGGACAGGCCUCUCUUGCAGCCACGCGUGUGCCGCCGGCCUGUGGGGGCAGCAGUGCCGCCAGUCUUGUGCCUGCAAGAAUGGUGCCGCCUGUUCAGCUGUGGAUGGGAGCUGUGAUUGCACCCCAGGCUUCCGGGGUCCCACCUGCCAGCGCCCCUGCCAGCUGGGGCGUUACGGCAAGAAGUGCUCUAUGCCGUGCAAGUGUGCCAACCAUUCCAUUUGCCACCCCGUGGAUGGCUCCUGCGAUUGUUCUCCGGGGUGGACAGGCAGUGACUGCUCCAGGCGCUGCCCGGCCGGGUUCUUUGGAGAGAACUGUACCCACCUGUGCCAGUGCUGGAAUGAAGCCUUGUGCCAUCCAGAAACAGGGCGGUGCUUGUGUCCCUCGGGCUUCACCGGUGCCCACUGUGAAACCAGAGUCGAAAACUCUGACCGUCCUUUUGCUGUGGUUCCUGCGAUGCCCGCUGGCCACAGCAGCAGCCUGGGCACUGUGAUUGGCAUCAUCGUUAUGGCUGUCUUGCUGGUGGUCUUGUUGGCACUCUUCCUCUAUUACCGGCACUGGCAGAAGGGCAAGGAGAACCGGCACCUAUCUGUGGCCUACACCACAGGGCGGACAGAUAGUUCGGAGUAUGCUGUGCCAGACAUCCCUCCCAGUUACGCCCAUUACUACUCCAACCCGAGUUACCACACCCUGUCGCCGUGCUCUCCAAGUCUUCCCCCACCUAGUGUCCCAGAGCAGCCUGCUCCGAGCAAGCUGACCAGCAGCCAGCAUUUCUGCAGCAGCAAGAGCACAGAGCGGGAUCGGUCAGGGGUCUACGGGGCAGACUUGAACGCCACCCUCCCUGCGGACUGGAGGCACCAGGGGAGCAGCCCAGCGUUGGGCCACCGGAGGCAAGGAGGAAGCCAGAUGGAUCGCAGCUACAGCUAUACCAAUGGACUAGGAAAGUACCCGCACCAAGGCCGUGCCAAGGAAGAGCCCGUGUGCCGCAGUGACAGCUCUCUGAGCAGCGAGAGCCCUUAUGCCACCAUCAAGGACUUGCCCGUCCUGGCCGGCAAGCCGUCCGAGGGCAGCUACAUGGAGAUGAGGUCUCCGGCAACGCGGGAGACGUCCUACGCAGAGAUAGGUCUCUUCGGAGAAUCAGCCCGGAGCCUGGAAGAGGAAGAAGAAAACUGCUUGCACGGGGCAGAAGGCAUCGCGCAGGCAACUCCUGCCAUUCCCCCAAAUCACUACGAUUCCCCGAAGAACAGCCACAUCCCCAGCCACUACGACGUGCCGCCCGUUCGCCACUAUUCACCUUCACCGCCACGCCGGAGGCAAGACAGAUGAGGCCGGCCCCGGGGCUGCAGGCCACUGCCCUGCUCAGGGAAGGACUUGUCACCCCCCACACAGGGACAGGAAAAGGUGCUGCGCUCCAUGGGCCGCGGGGGCUGUGCACCUCGUUUACAACGUCGGAGCAAGUGACGUGCAGCAGCCUCUCUCCCGGGCGCCUGCUUUCCUCCUCACAGUCACGGCGAAUGUGGCAAUUAGCCAUGACUUCCCUGUCGCUGACACCCUCGCACACACUCCCUGCACAAGUCCAGCCCUGCGCCUUUGGGAAUCUCCUCUUCGACUCAAGAGGGAGACACCUGGUUUCAAAACCGAAGCUGGAACUUCAAAGUGCUUCUGUGCCAAGACAGCCGGCCGACAGCUGUAGGGCAAUCCCGUGUCACAGGUGGAGGGGGGCCUUGCGCUGGCCACGGCUUCUCGGGCUCUUCUGCCUCAGGGAGGAGCUGCCAGCAGUGGAGUGCCGGUGUUAGGCAGGGGUGCGCCACAUCCAGAAAUGGUUCUUCCACGCUAACAAGGGGGCCAUUUCCCUGUCUUGCACCUUCUUUCCGAGGACGUUUAACAGGUCCCUUGAGAUAUCUGGACCAUUACACAAUCGAUGUGGAAGAAAGGUUCUCCUUUCAUCGAGAACAGAGGGAACUGGAAGCUGCCUUAGACGGGGUUGGGCUGCUGCUGUGAAGGCCUGUCCAGUCUACUCUGAUUUGGUCACAGGCAGAGAACAGCCUUUCAGAUCACCUCCUGCCUGCCGCUUUUGCCAGGAGAUGUUGGGACUGAACGUUGGCCAGCAAAGCAGGUCCUGCUUUGUGUCUGUAACUGAGCCGUGCCUCCCCCUGCCCGCACUGCUGUGUAUGCCCAGAAUCUUUCCCCUGCUGCCUGCCAGUGCUUGCCAGCUAUAGCAGAGCCAACUUGCAGUUUACCUUCCCAAAAUGGGACUGGGUCUUUAGCUUGUGGGCAUCAGUAGUGGGCAUUUUGCAAUGUGACCAGAUGUCCCAGUCCUUGGUGGUAUUCUGGCUGCGUCUGUGCCUUGCUUGAUUUCUGGAAACUGCAGCUACGCAAGUAAA